CUCGCUGGCAUCUUACCACCCCGCCAUGGGGUCCCGCCCCGACUCUUGGAUCGGAAUCUCGAAUCCCUUCUUGCGUCUUUCCCCUCUUUCCUCUGGGCCUUGGUAUGCCCCAGGGGACAGAUGUCUUGGGAUCUUUAACAUUUGGGAUGCUGCAAAUGCCGAAGUUAAAUGAAAUACCUCCCGGGAGGGAAGGCCGGGAGGAGGGUCGGGGAGAGAGAAGAUGGCCUGGACAAACAGGUCCUGAAGCUUCGAGGCAGGAACGGGGGGCGCGGGGACAGGCGGGCGGCGCCAGAGCUCCAUGGGACAGCUGGGGAAACUGCAGGCCACUGACACAUCCUGGCUCAGCUUGGGAACGGUGUCACCCCUCCCUACUCUGUGCCCCCUCCUCCCAGAAAUCCACCAUGGAGAGUAAGGAUGAGGUCAGCGACACUGACAGUGGCAUCAUCCUGCAGUCUGGCCCUGACAGCCCGGUGUCCCCGGUGAAGGAGCUGACCCACGCGGUGCGCAAGCAGCAGAGGGCCCUGGAAGAGCGGCUGGAGGCACACCUGGAGGAGCUGAAGAGACUCUGCCUCAGGGAGGCGGAGCUGACGGGUGUCUUGCCGGCCGAGUAUCCCCUCAAACCAGGGGAAAAGGCCCCCAAGGUCCGCCGCAGGAUUGGAGCAGCUUAUAAACUGGACGAGCGGGCCUUGCACAGAGAGGACCCCCUGAGCGGCCUGGAGCGGGAGCUAGCCCUGCAGCUACAGAUCGCCGAAGCGGCCCGCCGCCUGUGCCGGGAGGGGAACCUCAGCAGGCAGGCCCGCCGGCAGCGGAAGCACGCCAUGCUGCAGGAGGAGAAGAAGCUGAGGGAGCUGGAGCGCUGCCUGGGCGAGCAGCGGCGCACCAGUGGGCCCCCUCCCGCCGCUGCCCUGCCCCUGGGCCGAGAGCUCAGCGCCUCAGAUGACAGCUCUCUAUCAGAUGGGCUGCUCCUGGAGGAAGAGGAAUCCCAAGUGCCAAAACCUCCCCCAGAGUCCCCAGCUCCACCUUCCCGGCCUCUCCCACCCCAGAGCCUGGAGGGGCUGAAGCCAGCAGGACCUGAGACUGGGGGCCUGGAGCGGGCCCCCAUCCAGAACAGUCCCUGGAAGGAGACCAGCCUGGACCAUCCCUACGAGAAGCCCAGAAAAUCUUCUGAACCCAACAGCGAGUCCAGCAGCCCAGCCACCACGCCACAGGACGGGCCCGGUGCCUCCAGCCUAUGGCUGCUGGAGCCUGCCUCCUACCAUGUGGUUCCCAUCCGCAGCGUUCCUGGCCAGCGGCAGGGCCGCACCAGUGCCCCCGCCACCCCUGAGAUGCAGGGGAGGAGGGGCCAGGCGCAGUCUCUGAGGAUGGAUUCCUUCCGGGCGGGUCCCGAGGGCCGAGGCCGCAGCGCCUUCCCCCGCCGCCGCCCCACUCACUACACGGUGACGGUGCCCGACUCCUGCUUCCCCCCGACCAAGCCCCCGCUGCCCCACCCCGCCUACCACUCCUGCUCGGAGGACAGCGGCUCCGACGUCUCCAGCAUCUCGCACCCCACGUCGCCGGGCAGCAGCAGCCCCGACAUCUCCUUCCUGCGGCCCCUGUCUCCGCCCGAGCCGCCCCGUCCCCGCGGGGCCUGGGUCCCGGCCGGCGCGCACUACCCCAAGCUGCUGCCGCCGCCCGGGCGCUACGUGCUGGUGGCCGAGAGCCACCUGCCACCGCCCGGCGAGUGGGAGCUGGGCCGCGCCGCCCUGGGCCCCGCCUACGAGGAGGACGCGGCCGCGCUGCGCUGGCAGCGGCUGGUGGCCUCCCGCGGCCGCCUGGUGCGGACGCCCUCCCUGAAGGACAGCCCCGCGGGCCGCGCGCUCAGCAAGGCGGCCGUGUCCGAGGAGCUCAAGUCGUGGCACGAGCGCGCGCGCCUCCGGAGCGGCCGCCCGCACUCGCUGGACCGCCAGGGGGCUUUCCGCGUCCGGAGCCUGCCCCCCGGGAGAGAGGGCUUCGCGCGAGCCCCUGCUCCCCGGACACAGGUGACCACAGUGUAUGUGCCCCGGAGAUCGCCCGAAGGGGCCCCUGUGCAAGUCUUUGUGCCUGAGAACGGCGAGAUCAUCAGCCAGGUGUAACCAAGGCCGGGUGUCACCACCGUGUGCCCUGAAUGCCUCAACCUGGCUGCCGGAAAAGACUGUUCCACAGCAGGGCUGGAGCCGAGACCUCCCUGCCUCGAGUGCCUUCUUCGGCUCCUUUACCCCAUCGCGGGUCGAUGACCUGGAGCUGAGCCUUUUUUUUUUUUUUUUUUUUUUUAAAUGUCUUUUGUUCAGAAACCCUGGCCUUAGGAUUUAUAUUGUGAUUUGUCCUCAAGAUCCCAAUAAUAUGAUGAUGCUUUCUUCCCCAGAGCUUGGUCUACUGGACUUAAGGCAUUGCCUGUCUGACUGACAGCAUUUGUCUCCUUCUGCAAGACAAGUGGCAGGGGACACGUGGAGCAGAGAGGGCCACGUCGGGAUUCCUCACAGACUAUUCUCUGGCUCAGAGCACUUCCCCGGAGAACAGCUCCUGUCUCACUGCCGCUGGAGGCACACUAGUGCGCCUCACCACCCCCAUUUCCCAGCUCUCUGGGUACUGUAGGGGUGCCUGACAGGGGGAGAAUCUUCUUCCCCCUUUAUAAUGUGCUCUGUGAUGCACACACGAAGUGGUAGGUUAAAGACCACACAUCCUGGUGGAGUAUUGUCUCCCUGGGCCCUAUUUUCCUCACCCCAUAACCCCCUCUGGAGGGCCCCCAGUCACUCACCAUAUGCUCUCUGUGCCGUGUGGGCUCCCACAUCUACCCAGACCUCUGAGCCUUACGUUUGAGGCUUCACCGGACUGUAGCAUUAGGAGGCCCGGGCUGGGGGCUGGCCCGUGGUGGUGUUUGGUGGAGAGCAGCCCACGCUUUGACCACCGUCUCUGGGCAUCGUGAGAGCUUGCAACCCCACCCAUUUCUCUGUCAUCUUUUCAUUAUCGUCCUAAAAACGAAAACCUUCCAGAUAUCUUUGGAGAGGCACCACUGUUGUGGCAUGUUCUCCUAGGAGGGGGUAGGGGUCCCUGCCCUUUUUACCCCUCACCCAGCUGUGCUUCUGCUUUUGAGACUGGAUUUCCUUGAAAGAGAGCAAGUCCUUAUUUUUACAAAUAUGGGAAUACUCACUCUUAAGGGCGUUCAUUAAUCAUCCCAUCUGCUAAGACUUGAGCAGGCCUGGACACUUCCUGUGCUAAGACCAUCCGAUAGUCUCUGGGUUCUCGUCCCAGGGCCUUUUUGCUGCCUGGUCACAUACUCAGAUCUCCUGCCUCAAGGAGAAAGCACAGAGUUGAAGCUUGGUGGUGUUAGGAAGAACGGAGUUCUGAUUCUGCCCAUGCAGACCCCUUUCCCCUCUGAGUGGCCUGGACUUGGACAGAAACUACAAAUACAACUUAAACCCCCAAUCACUUUGAUGCCUGACCCCAAAGAAACACAGUUCUCCCCACUGGACAGAAGGCAGUGUAGCCAACUGCACAAGGGUGCCGAGGGAGGAACUUAGGUGGCCUGUCAGGAAUCCGGGGGAGGAGAGGAGAGCCUGAGGGGAAGCACCCACAUUUCUGUCACUGACCUCUUACCACAUCCUGCAGCUCCCUCCUUUUUGGGUGGACUCUGGCCCCAUUAUGUUAGAAUGUCCUAGUUUGGAUGCUGUUCUCUUCCAUUUUAUCUCUGAGCGCCUGUCCCUGGUGUAAAGCUAUCUCCCCUCCCCGUGUCCUCCUGGGAGCCCAGAGCUCCUAGGCUGAGCCAGGAGACAGCCCACCACCGCCCCCCCCCCCCCCACACACACAUGAGGGUCCUUUAUGUUAACUUAUUGGUCCUGUGUAAUGCCUGGUGCAGUUGCGAAGUGGCUGCAUACUUGGCUGCGGGGCUGGAACUGUGUGGGUUUUAGUGCCAAAUAUGUCAAUAAAGUCUGUUCUUUGUGAUUGGCCUGA